AUAGUAUAGUGAUUAUCGAUAUAUCGAUAUUUGUUCUAUCGUAACAUAUCUGUUUACCAUACUUACAAUGACUUCAAAUCAUGGCAACUAUGGACAAAGAGAAUUAUAUAUUAUUGGCAUCGUUCGUGAUGUGAUUUUGUUUCUUAUCUACAUUGUAACGUAACCAUAUGUUUAUUAUUGAUAUUCGAUUUCGAGUGACGAAAUCUAAACGUAUACAUAAAGUACUUUUUUUUCUUUGAUAUAUUUUAACGUGUUCAUUAUGAUAAUCGAUAGAAGUUUUUUAAAUGUGAUAAUAUUGAGUUGUGGUUUUAUGCUGGUAUUUACAGCAUUUCAGACAAUGGGAAAUAUUGAGAAAACCGUGCUGCAAAGUAUUAGAGAAGAUAAUCCAAAUUUCACCGGCGAGGCCUACACUAGUUUAGCAAUAAUCUAUGCUGUCUUUGCCACUUGCAACUGGUUAGCACCAUCAUACAUCUCCAUAACAGGGCCAAGGGUUGCUAUAUUGACAGGGGCUUGCUGCUACGUCUUAUUCAUAGGAUCUUUCCUCUGGCCGCAAGAUGCUGUACUCUAUGGCGCAUCGUGUAUCCUAGGUUUCGGAGCUGCAUUGAUUUGGACUGGACAUGGCCAAUAUUUAACCGAAAAUAGUGAUUCGGAAACGAUGUCCAGAAAUGCUGGAAUAUUUUGGGCGAUUUUUCAGUGUUCGAUGUUCGCUGGUAACCUAUUUGUAUAUAUUAUGUUUACUCAUCCUAAGAUUGAUGCAUCGAUCAGAAUACUCGUAUUCAGUGUACUCACUGGAUUGGCGACCCUUGGUAUGUGUUUAUUGAUUACAUUGAGAAAAGUUUCGAACAGUCUAGUUUUGGGCGAAGCUGAAGGUGUUUCAAGUGCGGAUAAAGAACUUCGAAUACCAGAACCUGCAAGAAAUAAGCCAUUGUUAACUGCCUGGAAUGCUUUAAUCGAUGCAUUCACUCUCUUCAUUACGCCUAGAAUGCUUUUGUUAUCUUUGACUUUUAUAUAUACUGGAUUAGUAUUGACUUUUUAUUCAGGAAUCUAUUCAUCGUGUAUUGGAUUUACUGAAGCGAUUGGUGAUUCGCGUAAAAGUUUAAUCGGUCUUUCUGGAAUUUUUAUUGGAAUCGGAGAAGUAAUUGGUGGAGCUCUUUUCGGUAUUUUUAGUUCGAAAGUAUCUCGUAUUUGUGGCGUUUGGUCAGUGGUUAUUAUUGGAUUUUGCGUACAUAUGUUUGCUUUUAUUACAAUUUUUAUUAAUUUACCAAAUGAUUCACCGUUUAAAGAUACUGACAAUAUAGGAUAUAUUAAUCCUUCACCGAUUUUAGCAAUGGCCGGAAGUCUCGCUUUAGGUUUCGGUGAUGCUUGCUUUAAUACUCAAGUUUAUUCGUUGUUGGGAUUACUUUUUGUGCAACAAAGUGCACCUGCUUUUGCACUUUUUAAGUUUUGCCAAUCGGUCGCUGCUGCAAUAAGUUUCGCUUACAGCAGUGUUGUUUAUCUUCAUGUACAGCUUCUUAUUUUAAUAGUUACAAUCAUUAUUGGUACUAUUACGUUUUGUUUUGUGGAAUACAUUACAAGAAGAGAAAGAGAAAAUACACAAUCGGAGAGCGAUUUGACAAGUGAAUAAAAACUUAAAAAAAAA